CCCGGUGUGCCUCGCGGUACCGCGGGGUGUGAUGGGUGUUGUAGUCCGGCCGCCCUUCGGGCUGGUCCAACGACCGACAGGAUGUCGGAGGUGCGGCUGCCACCGCUACGCGCCCUAGACGACUUUGUUCUGGGGUCGGCACGUCUGGCAGCUCCGGAUCCAUGCGACCCGCAGCGAUGGUGCCACCGCGUCAUCAACAAUCUUCUCUACUACCAAACCAACUACCUUCUCUGCUUUGGCUUCGGUCUCGCUCUAGCCGGGUACGUGCGUCCGCUGCACACGCUGCUGAGCGCGCUGGCAGUGCUGUUGGCCCUUGGUGUGCUGGUGUGGGUGGCUGAGACCCGCGCAGCAAUGCGACGCUGCCGCCGCAGCCACCCUGCCGCCUGCCUAGCCGCAGUGCUUGCCGUUGGCCUCCUCAUUCUCUGGGUCGCGGGCGGCGCCUGCACCUUCCUGCUCAGCAUCGCCGGGCCGGUGCUUUUGAUCCUGGUGCAUGCCUCGAUACGCCUUCGCAACCUUAAAAACAAGAUUGAGAACAAAAUUGAGAGCAUUGGUCUCAAGCGGACGCCAAUGGGGCUGCUACUAGAAGCACUGGGACAAGAACAGGAGGCUGGAUCCUAAGGGCCUGGAACCUGUACCCAGGACCUGAAGAACACCCCCACCCCAGCCCAUACUGGCACCCAGACCCCUUUCCCAGCUUUUAUAAUAGAAGUCAAGAGCAACUUGGCCAGUCCAAAAAAAAAAGGACAUCAGUAAUUUCCACCCGGGUUUAAAAUCAGGGUAUCAACUGGGUGUGGUGGUGCUCAUCUGUAAUCCCAGCCCUCAGGAGGCUGAGGCAGGAGUAUUGCCAGUCUAU